AUGCAUCCAUGGCCAUCAAUUCUUCCAACUUGCAUAGUUCUUUUAAUCUUCAUCCUCGUGAGGUUCAUAUAUACCACCCUCUGGAUCCCAUACAAAAUCUUACGACACUUCAAGAGACAAGGAAUUAAAGGCCCCGGCUAUCGUCCUAUAUAUGGGAAUUCGCUGGAGUUCGAGCAAGAGUUUAAUUGGACUUACAACAACCCAAUGGGAGAAGAAUCGAGCCACGACAUAGUUCACCGUUUGGAUCCAUGUUACCACAAGUGGUCCUCCAUGUAUGGUAAAACUAUGCUGUUUUGGCAUGGAUCUACUCCAAGGUUGGCUAUCGCUGCACCUGAAAUGCUAAAAGAUGUUUUUCUAAAUAAAUCGGGCCUUGCGAUCAAAUCAUGGAUUCCUGAAGUCGUGAAUAGUGUUGAAAAGGUUCUACAGAAGUGGGAAGAUGGGACAAGAGAAACUAAUGAAAUUGAAGUGGACGUGCUUGAGGAGUUCCGUUUUCUCUCGGCAGAGAUUUUGUCGAAAACGGGAUUUGGCAGUAACUUUGAAGAAGGAAAGCAUAUUCACGAAUUAAUAGACCAACAAGCUGAAUUGACAAUGCAAGCUUUGAGGAGUGUUUAUAUCCCUGGCUCCAGGUGA